AUGACGUCGAACGAGAUACGGAACGCCUUCCUGUCGUUCUACGCGGCCCGCGCGCACUCCGUCGUCCCCAGCGCGUCCCUCGUCCCGGACGACCCUACAAUUAUGCUCACCAUUGCGGGAAUGGUCCCUUUCAAGCCCGUCUUCAUGGGAGCUGUGUCGCGUCCGGACGUCCCGCGUGCGACCAGUAGUCAGAAGUGUAUAAGGACGAAUGAUAUCGAGAAUGUCGGCGUUACGAAGAGGCACCACACGUUCUUUGAGAUGCUCGGCAACUUCUCGUUUGGGGACUACUUCAAGAAGGACGCUAUUCGAUGGGCAUGGCAGUUGCUCACGGAGGUCUAUGAGAUUCCGCCUGACCGCCUCGCUGUUAGCGUGUACGAGCGGGACGACGAGGCGCUUGCGAUAUGGAGGGACGACGUCGGCGUCCCAGAGGCCCGCAUCCAACGUCUGGGGGAUGAGGACAAUUUUUGGGCCUCAGGUCCCACAGGGCCGUGCGGGCCGUGCUCGGAGAUUUACUUUGACUUUGAGCCGGCGUCGGACGCUCCCGUCGAUCUGCAGGACGAUGUCCGUUUUAUCGAGCUGUACAACCUCGUCUUCAUGCAGUACUCGAGAGACGUCGGGGGGAACCUAACCCCCCUGGCCGCGAAGAACAUCGACACGGGCAUGGGGCUGGAGCGCAUGGCCCAGGUGCUGCAGCGCGUGGAUAACAACUACGAGACCGAUUUGAUCCUGCCCAUCAUGCAGACCGUGGCCGCCCUGGUGGACACCACGUUUGAAACCGCCGCCGAGAAGGAGAAGACCUCGCUCAAGGUUGUGGGCGAUCAUCUGCGCGCCGUCUCGCAUCUCAUCGCGGACGGCGUACGCCCGAGCAACAUCGGCCGAGGCUACAUCGUGCGCCGCUUGAUUCGCCGGGUCGUGCGCCACGCGAGGUUACUCGGCAUCGAGGGCCCUUUCACGACCGACGUGCUGCCGGUCGUGGCCGAGCUGGCGCGCGACGCGGGGCUCCCCGGCGUGCACGACAAACUGGCCGAGGUCACCACGGAAAUCGAGCGCGAGGAGGUCCGCUUUCUAGCCACGCUCGAGCGCGGGGAGGACUGUCUGGCGGACGUGUUGGCUGACAUGAAGGCCGCGAAGAAGGAGGUCGUCUCGGGGGAGGAUGCCUUCGAGUUGUAUGAUACCUUCGGCUUCCCGCUCGAGCUUACCGAGGAGAUUGCGGCGGAGAACGGCUUCACGGUCGACACGGACGCGUUUGAGGUGUGCAUGACAAAGCAGCGGAAUCGCGCCCGCGCGGCGAGGGAGAGCGGCUCUUUCAACGUCGGCUCGAAUGCCCUGCUUGCGGCAGCGGCCGCGGCGGCGGGCCCGACGAGCUUUGAGGGGUAUAGCACCACGAACCGGGUGAGUGUUUUGUUGCGGCAAUCUCCGUUUUACGCCGAGGGCGGAGGACAGGUUGGCGAUACGGGGAUUUUGAGGGCGCCAGGUGGUGUCGUAAGGGUUUCUGAUACUAGAAGGGAAGGUGGAGCUUACGUUCACGUCGGGGAGGUUGUUGACGGUCUCGUUAGCGUCGGUGAUGUUGUCCAUGCGUCUGUGGACGCGACUGGUCGGCGACGUAUCAUGGCACAUCAUACCGCAACUCAUUUACUUCAAGCGGCGCUCAAGCAAGUCAUUCCAGACGGCGGGAUCUCGCAGGCGGGUUCGCUUGUUGAUGUCGAUCGCCUACGGUUUGAUUUCAAUUGCCCUCGCGCCGUGACGCAGGACGAGCUUCAGAAUGUUGAGAAUAUAAUUAAUGGGUGGAUUGCGGAUGCUCAUGACACUGAAGUUGCCGUUAUGAGCCUGGACGAAGCGAAGAAGGCAGGUGCAGUGGCAAUGUUCGGUGAAAAGUAUGACGCUACCAAAGUGCGGGUAGUCGAUAUUCCAGGAGUGAGCAUGGAGUUGUGUGGUGGAACACAUGUGCAAAACACAGCAGACAUUGGACUUUUCAAGAUUGUAAGUGAAGCAGGGCCGAGUUCUGGAGUGAGACGGAUCGAGGCCAUUUGCGGCGCUGCCGUGAUGCCAUAUCUGACAGUGCGAGAUGCAGCCGUUCGGCAAUUGAGUACCUCUCUCAAGGCACGCCCAGAAGAGCUUGCUGCAAGGGUGUCCACCCUUCAAGAAGACUUGAGAGCAAGAAGUAAGGAAUUGGAAGUUGCGCGGGCUGAAUUGGCUGUGGCUAAAGCAAUGAGCCUCGUCAACGAGGCCGAAUCAGUGGGUAACAACUCGUUUAUUGUUGCCCAAUUGGAAGGAACCGUUUCUUCUGACAGUUUGAAGGCGGCUGUGGAGAGUUUGGGGAACUCGCUUGGCGAAACGGGCGUCGUUAUGCUUGCCUGUGAAAACUCUGGAAAGGUUUCCUUUGCGGCGAGUGUUGGAAAACAGGCUCAGAAGCAAGGCAUUCUGGCCGGGAAACUGGUCGGGAGCGUGGCAAAAUUAUGUGGAGGGGGAGGAGGAGGUCGUCCCAACUUUGCUCAAGCGGGUGGGCGAGAUGCGACAAAACUUAGUGCAGCACUUGACAUGGGAGCAGAGGGGCCCUUAAAACAUGAACAGACUGUAGAAAGACUAUAUUUAUUCUGA